UUUUCUGUCAACCGAUUCUUGUGCACAUAGUACAACGAAACCGCGUGCAUGUUUAUACGGCAAAAAGGAAACACUUGCGUUUAACCUCAGGUCCACUGUUUGGCACAUUCAUGUUAAGAAAUAGGGGAGUGGAAAUCCUGUCGCAAUUUAAAUUACUAGUGAAGAAGGCUUCAGCCACGCUAUUUUGGAUUCUUCAGACACAGAACUGGUCUUCUCAUCUGUGAAUAUUAAUCAUCGCUGAUGCAAACAUGUUGAAGCACUGUGGCAGGGUACUUCUGGGUGUGGUAGGAGCGGCUGUCGUCAUCACGUUAAUAGCAGUCCCCACGGCGAUAUAUUUAAACAACACUGGAGGCGUUCCCCGGAGGACAUACACACUUGAGGACUACUUCAAUGAUACCAUUAGGUAUUGGUCAUAUAACCUGCUGUGGAUAUCAGACAACGAAUACCUUCAUAAAACAGAAGGCUCAGUGUUUCUUCACAAUGUUGAGACUGGAAACUCUUCGUUAUUUUUGAACCAAACCAUUUUUGCUCAAGUGGAUGCCACUGACUACUUGUUGUCUGCCGAUCGGAAAUAUGUGUGCUUCGAGAGCAAUUACACAAAGCAAUGGAGGCAUUCGUUCACAGCUUCUUAUUCCAUCUACGAUAUGGAGAGCAUGAGUUUUCUUACGUCGUCAGACAUUCCUCAGAGAGUCCAUCUCUUAACGUGGGCCCCGACUGGGAACACACUGGCCUAUGUUUGGAAUUACAACGUCUAUCUGAAACCAAAUGCCACUGCAGCAGCAGUGCAAGUGACAACCAAUGGAGUGGAGAAUAAAAUUCUCAAUGGUGUCCCAGACUGGCCUUAUGAAGAAGAAAUGUUUGCCUCAAAUUAUGCUAUGUGGUGGUCACCAAGCGGAACGUACCUGGCCUACGGUGAAUUCAAUGACACUUUGGUUCAAACUAUUGACUACUCCUGGUAUGGAGAAGGACAGUAUCCCAAAACAGUCGAAAUUCCGUAUCCCAAGGCUGGCUCUACAAACCCUGUGGCAAAGCUGUUCGUUGUUGACACCGCAAACCCAUCAAGAAUCACACAGGUUGUAGUGCCAGAUUCUGUUGGUGCAAGUGACCACUAUUUGAGUUCCGUCACCUGGGUUACGGAUGAGCGAAUUGCAGUUCAGUGGCAGAGGCGGAGACAGAACAGUGUCGUUUUACAGAUAUAUGACUUAGAUGGAAAUCGCUGGAACGAAACCACGAGUUACGAAGAGACAAGCAAGACAGGUUGGGUUGGCCACUAUGCACCCCUCCAUCCUUUCUUCGCUGAGGACAACAUCAGUUUUUACAAAGUGAUGAGCGACUCAAACGGCUAUAAACACAUCCAUUACGUGACUUCUGGCGUUGCAAAACCCAUCACAUCGGGAGAAUGGGAGGUCAUCUACAUUUCAAAAUUGACCAAAGAUGCCAUAUAUUAUGUAAGCAAUGAAUACCGAUGGCCAGGAAAGAGAAACCUCUACAAGAUCGGGAUCGCGGACGGCGGCCGCCAUUCCGCUCCGCUGUGCCUCACCUGCGACCUGCGGGCGGACAGGUGCCAGUACAGCUCAGCUUACUUCAGCACCCGCGCCAGCUACUACCGCAUGGACUGCUACGGACCGGGAUUGCCUUUGUACACGCUUAGAGACAACAGAGACUCCGGUUCAGAGAUCCGCGUUCUUCAGGACAACAAAGAUUUGGAACAAAUUCUAAACGAAUUUCAUAUGCCGACCAUGCGUCGGGGAACCAUGAAAAUAGGGGGAUUUGACCUUUGGUACCAGAUGACAUUGCCACCUCAAUUUGAUGAAUCAAAAAAAUACCCGCUUCUUAUCGAUGUGUAUGCUGGGCCCUGUAGUCAAAGGGUAGAUUUUCGAUUCAGGCUGAACUGGGCCACAUACCUCGCCAGCACAGAGAAUAUUAUAGUCGCCAGCGUUGAUGGGAGGGGAACCGGUUACCAAGGUGAUAAGAUAAUGCACGCAAUCUACCAGCGCCUGGGAACAUAUGAAGUGGAAGAUCAGAUAUCAGCCGUGAGAAAAUUCAUUGAUAUGGGCUUUGUGGACAAAGAAAGAAUUGCUAUUUGGGGUUGGUCAUAUGGCGGGUAUGUCACCUCCAUGGCUUUGGGUGCAGGAACUGGACUUUUCAAGUGUGGAAUUGCAGUUGCCCCAGUGGCUAAGUGGGAAUAUUAUGACUCUUUCUACACUGAACGUUAUAUGAAUCGACCUACUGAAAAUGCUGAAUCCUACAGAAAUUCCACAGUUACACGUAGAGCCAGGAACUUUAAAUCAGUGGACUAUCUUCUGGUUCAUGGGACCGCUGAUGAUAAUGUCCAUUUCCAGCAAGCUGCACAGAUAUCCAAGGCUCUUGUUAGUCAGGAAGUGGACUUUGAAGCGAUGUGGUACACUGAUAAGGACCACGGGUUGAGAGGUUCGGCUUUCCACCACGUCUUCAUUCACAUGAGCCACUUCUUGAAGAAAUGCUUGACCGAGGUCAAAUAGAGCCACGUCCAGUCUCCACUGUAAAUCUACUGCCUGUGGGAUCAACCAAAUAGAGCCACACCCAGUCUCCACUGUAAAUCUACUGCCUAUGGGAUCAAUUGAUGUUGUUUUUGUCUAUGUGAGAUCCUGUCUGCGUGGUCCGUUUAUGACUUUGGCAGACGAGCAAUUGAACAGUUAAUGGAAACGAGACUGAAACUGCACUCACUGUAUUAGUGACUUAGGAUUCCUAUAGGAUUCCUGUAUUCCUAUAGGUCUGUUGGUAUUUCGUAUGAAAAAGGACGUCUUGCUAUCAUUAUUCUAUGCUUAACUUUUGUAUUUGAAAUUGAUGUGAGAAACUGAAAAAGUGCUGUGAUCAUCAUUUAUUAAAGACCCUUGCAUGUUUCUGGAAUGUUCUCUCUUAUUUGUCUGUGGUAAUUGCAAACUGCACAUUCCAGGUUUAAAAAGUUGUUACAAUGUGUGUUCAGACAUACAAUAAAAUGUAUUUAAAGUGUC